AUGUCUUCGAUAGAUAGUAAUUUGCCAAUGGAAUUCGAUAUUGAUGCUGAAGAUCAAACUUAUAGCAUUGAUAAAGGCAAAGGAAAAGAAAUUGAAACACCAGAACCCGUAAAAGAAGAACCUCCUUUACCAGAAUCAGUCGAAGAAGACAACACAGAUUCUAGUGAAGAGGAGGAGUCAACGGAUCUACCACUUUCUAAAAGAGGGGAAGAAUUUAUAAGAAAGGAUCCCGCUCAAAAAUUUGUCGCCGACAUUGCAACAGAUGCCUUUCAAUAUUGUAAAAUUCGUCAACAAAGUAAAAAAAAUGUUGGAAAGCAACGUAACAAGACCGUCCUCAACCUGGAGGAUCUUGCUGCUGCGCUUUCUGAAUAUGGUAUAAAUGUUAAGAAGCCGGAUUAUUACCGUGCUUGA